AUGAAGUUUGUUGUUGACUUGGAGAAGCGGCAUUGCACAUGUAAUGUUUUCGACAUUGACAAGAUCCCCUGCAUCCAUGCCAUCGCUGCUGCUAAGCAUAUCAAGAGAGAUGAAAACCGUUUUGUUGAUGCUUCUCACUUGACAGAAACGUGGGCUAAAGCUUAUGCUGAAAGCAUACAUCCUGGUGGAGAGUUGUCAACGUCCACCUAUCCAGAGAAUAUUGAUGAACUGUCUUGCCCACCUCCAGCUACCAAAAAGAAAAGUGGACGCCCUCCUACAAAGAGAAAGAGAUCCGUUGGCGAGUUUGGGGUUCCUGGAUCUAAAUCUCAGUCCCACAAGUGCAGCAGAUGUGGCACAGGAGGGCACAACAAGAUCACAUGCCAGAGGCCUAUAGGAUGA